UGCUGUAGGUCACUUGGAUACUUGGAUACAAGUAGCUUUAGAGGACAUCUGACACUUCACUUUUGGCAGGGUGAGGACGGAGAAAGACUUUAUUUUGGACUGUGUUACAGAACUGGCAUCCCAGGGAAUCUGCUUUUGGAUGAAGUGAUGCUCAUUCAGAUCUGCAGUUCACAUGGAUGUACGUGGAGCUUGGAAUAAGUUGAUCACCAGGCAGCCACUUUGAAACCCAUUAUUUGUUUCUCAGACACAUCAGUGGUGACAACUGACUUGCUAACAGGUAUGAAAUAAAAUGAGGAUUUGCAACCUGACUGCAGAAUUAGAAGCAGAUGAGAAUCAGUGAUCUGUUCCCUGCGUCAUGGCCUAGAUCCUCCACUGGGAAUGCGGCAAAAAACUUGACUCUGGAGCAUGACUUGAACAUACUGAGGAGAAAAGGUAAUUCUCUAAUGGACCAAUGAAAGCCAACGAUGACAAGUUGUGGUCAACAGUCCUUGAAUGUGCUGAUGGUUCUGCUUUCAUUACUCUUGUCAGCAGUGUUGUCCGCACAUUUUCGGGUCUGCGAGCCAUAUACGGACUACAAAGGUCGCUACCACUUUGGUUUUCACUGCCCCCGUCUUUCUGACAAUAAAUCUUACAUCUUUUGCUGUCACCAUAACAACACAGUAUUUAAAUACUGCUGCAAUGAGACAGAAUUUCAGACUGUUAUGCAGAUGAACUUAACAGGAAACGCAGAUGGAUAUAUGCAUAACAACUACAGUGCACUGUUAGGAGUGUGGAUCUAUGGCUUUUUUGUGGUGAUCUUGCUGGUACUGGACCUUUUAUAUUACUCUUCAAUGAACUAUGAUAUUUGCAAAUUUUACCUGGCACGGUGGGGAAUCCAGGGGAAGUGGAUGACACCGGGACAGAGCCGAUGGAUGAACCCUGCUCAGGACCCAAGCCAAGUACAGACGCAGCCUCAGCCAGAGACGCAGCCUCAAACUCAGCCACAGCCUCAAACAUCACAGACAGUACAUACUUUAAAAGGAGAUGCUUUAAGCCCGCCCCUGAUGUCUUUUCAGAGUACAUCUGCCUGAAAAUUAUAUUGAUGUGCCUCAAGAUGGGAGAGGUAAGAUCAGACUUCAACGAGCAGCUUUCAAGAAAGUCAACUAAAUGACAACAGCUGAAAAAAUCAUGGUUAAUCAGGAGAGAGAAAGACUACAAGAGGGAAAUUGAGCAAGUCACCUGGAGAGAAACACCAUUCAGACAACUUGUAUAGGGAAACAAUAUAGAAAGAGUCUCCAGAAGAAAGCAGCCUGUAAGCAAUAUUUUAAUUCUAGAUGGACAAUAUUAUCUCUGAAAGGAAGCAUCAUAUUUGAGGAAAUGCUCAAUAAUGCUCAAUAGGAAGAAAAUUAAGUUGCUCUGGCAAAUCCACACAAAGGUGGAAAAAGAUCACGAGACAAACCUUUGGUAGAUAACUUUUCUUUGCCUCCCCAUCCAUCUAUUGCCAUUUGAGCCUAAUCUAAGUGUCAGAAUACUGAAUGUGAGUUUUUCCAAAGUUCUCUGGUGAAUAUUUUGUCACAAUAGGGUAGAUGCUGGCAAUCCCCAUCACUGUUACACAUAUUGUCAUAUGCAUUACAAGUAAGUGCGGCCCUUUCAUUGAGUCAAACUGCAGGGUAGCAGUUGAUUCAGUAAUACACAUUUAAUACACAUUAAUACACACUUAAUACACAUUUUAAGAUCAUCGGCCAUGAUUCUGCUAAGACAUCAAACAUCUAAGCACAUCUUGGCUCCAGCUUUGCACAUCCUUCUGAAGAGGGGAGCUUUAUUAAGAAACAACACAGACACCCUAUCCCACCCCCAUAGUCCUUGAAGCUGAAAGAGAAACAGAAGAAAAUCAACAAACUAUAUAUUUCGAAAGCAAUAAUACCAUUGUCCCUCUGCUUUACAAAGCAAUAAUCCAAUUCCCUCAGCCACCAACUGGCUUCAGAAUUUACCCCUCACAAAUUUAAGAAUUCAUUUGUAUGCCAGAAGGGCAAUGAUGCUACUGCAAAAGUAUGUGGAGUACUUGGUCACUAGGUUACAGUAGCUUGACUUAACUUUCCACAGGACAGGUUUAUUUUAAAAUCACACAGUAUCAAUUACGUGAGCAAAUCCUGUGAAAUUCAAUCAUUUAAGAUAUGUAUGUGGAGAACCUGGCAAUGACAACUGGAGGAGUUCAUCUAGGAAUCAUAACACAAAGCCACACUAAUGCCAAAUUAAUCCUUCAUGCCUAGUAUUCUGUCCUGCAGAUUUGAAGAACUUUAAAAAAAAAACACAUAUAUAUUACUGUAUGAUCAACAUGAGGAACACCUUGUCAAUGAAUAAUCAAGUUUUCUUUUGUACCUCUUUGAAUUGAGUGCAUUUUAGUCUUCCUUUGAACUCAAAAGGGAUAGACUACUGAGUCAUUUGAGUUAAUUCACAGCUACCAGAGUGCGUGAUGAUACAUGACUAAAGCCACGCAGAAAUAAAUAAGUGCUGGGAGAGCCAACAAGGCUGGAGACCACAGGAGUGCUCAGUCUUCAAAGCGUGCCCAAUCUGAGUAGGGUACAAUGUGCUCCUGGUGGUGGGAGAGCUAACCACCCUAUGAGAUGUCAGGGGCUGCUAUUAGUGCCAGCUUGCAAGAAAAGCAAAGAAAAGCAAAUAGCUGGAAGCAAUGCCAUCCAUACUUCUGCCAGCAUCACGUCUUCUCCACACUCCCACAUUGGCUCCAAGGUCCAUAACCCCUGCAGACACCCAACAAAGUACUUAUCUACAGUGAUCAGUUUUACCUUGACGCUUUGCAGUAACUGUUUGCUCCUUUUACCUUCUACCAGCACCUACUUUCAUUGUGAGGUGAUGGCCACCACAGAGAGCUUUGUAAAAAGCUUAUGUUCAUGAAGGAAUUUGUAUUAGAUACUGGUUUGUGUGACUUACUGUAUUUUGUAAGGGUUUUUUUCCCUUUGGGAAUUGUGCGUUAUAAAUGAGCAGUUUUAUGCUUUACUUCUAGUACAUGUAUACCUUGUAAUUGAUGUGCUUUUUGUUCGUUCGUUUGUUUCCUUUUAUUCUCUAUACAGAGCCAGUUAUUAUAAGGUAGAUACUCUCUGGCUGAAAUUCUGAUUUUGCCUACUGAUUAAUUUAUGGAUAAAUCCAUGUCUUAGCUGAUGAACAAUUGUUCAUCAAUUGUGUUGUUAUAAUCAUGUGAGAGCCUCUCUAGUUAAGCAGAAUAUACGAUCCUGAAUAAGACUAAUGCUCAUUGGGCCUUAAAAAAAAAAUUGGUUUCCCUACCACCAUCGCUAUCAGCCCUUCUCCCUUAGCAUUUGGGACAUUGUAGAAGGGAACUGGCUAGACAAACAGUCACCUGAGCAUCUCAACCAUCUAGGUAGCUGUGCUCUGAUAUUCCUCUGCAUUUACCUGAUCAAAAUUAUGGUGAACCAGAUAAACUGCAAUGAAUUCUUCAAUUGUUUCUGCAGAAAGAGACUGGUUCAAACACAGUAUCUCUAAGGAAAAAGACCUGGACUAAAAGAAAUAUAUUUUCCUCUAUGUCCAUACUGAUACAGUUGGAAAAAUAAAGGAUAUAAAAUUAACAUACUGCGAAGUGUAUCAGUCCCUUGUACACCCUGUCUAACAAUGGCAGCUGUCUGUCUCAGUGGCUAUUAAUGACCUUCAUGCUCCAAAAGCCUCCUGCCUUGUCCAACUCAUUUUCGCUCUUCAGUUUUACAGAGAACUGAGUGUCCAAUUCUCAAUAAUUGCUGUGUAUAACGUAGGACAAAAAGAUAAGUUAUAAAGCUUGUGCAGGACUUAGUGUUGUAAUUAACCAUCGCUCGUGCCUGGUUAUUGAUCUUACAAAAACACAGAGUGAAAACAAUCUGGCCUCUUAAUGUAUACUUCAGCAUAUUGUAGCAGCUAUUUUAGAUAACUGGUUUUAAUAGUUUCAUUAUGGGCUGUAAUUUGUAUAUGAGGAAGCGAUGAAGUAAUAAGUCAAAGGGAUUUUUAAAGUCAGUUCUAUUUAGCCACCAGUGAUGGUUUAUGAAAAAUAAAGCAACAAAAACAAAACCUCAUUCAACUCACCAGGAAGAAACGUCUUUUCUCAGCCUUGAAAAUUCUCUUGUAUAAGACAGGCAUUUCUUCUAGUCCUCCUUUUACAUAAAUAGAAAAUCACUAAGAAGAUAAUAUAUACACUAUAUGUACAAUAGUCUAUUUGAAUAGUCUGCAGUCAAAUUUUAGGCUAAUUAAGCUAACUAGAAAUUCUAGGGUUACAGUGAUUUCUCACUCUUUAUUAAUACAUUGACAAUAAUACUGUUUACAUAACACUCGAUGUUUGAAAUCAAUACGUGCCCGUGUCCAGUGAUUUGCUAAUCUAGUUUUUGAUCUAAUUCUGUCCUAUUUUUUGCUGCAUUCUCUAACUUCAUAUUAUGAACCAUGUUGUCUUUCUAAAGUGAUUGCCAAGUAAACCAAAAAUGUGUUUUACACUGCUAUUGCACUGCUCUUGUCUUUAUAUACAGUAGUUUUUAUAAAGAUGUCCUUAGGUUUUAAUAAAUGAGUGUAACGUAAACUAAUCCCUGUAAUAAAACUUGCAUUAAUGUUUCAAA